GAGGCGCCCGCCCCGCCCCGAGAGGCUCCGGCAUCGGCGAGCAGGGCUGGGGUCGGGGUGACGGUGGGGGGUCUCCUCCACCCUGACACCAUCCAUGGGCCCCCCAGAAGCACCAAUGGAGAAGGACAUCGAUGGCUGCCAGGAUGGGGCUAAGACAGUGCCAAACGCCAGGCUGGGCCCUGAAGGGACAGAGACACAGCUGGACGAUUUUGUGGGUGCUCACCCUGACUACAAUGAGGAGGAGGAGGAGCAGAAGUACUUUCGCCGCAAGCGCCUCGGUGUCAUCAAGAACGUGGUGGCCGCCAGCCUGGCUGGCACCCUCACUUACAGCGUCUACCUGGGCCUGCUGCAGAUGCAGCUGAUCCUUCACUAUGACGAGACCUACCGGGAGGUGAAGUACAGCAACAUCCGGCUGGAAGACAUCGACCACAAGGUGCUGAUGGGCAUCAAUGUCACACCCGUGGCGGCACUGCUCUACACACCCAUCCUUAUCAGGUUCUUCGGCACCAAGUGGGCCAUGUUCCUGGCAGUUGGCGUCUAUGCCCUCUUUGUCUCCAGCAACUACUGGGAGCGCUACUACACGCUGGUGCCCUCCGCGGUGGCCAUCGGCAUGGUCAUUGUGCCCCUCUGGGCCUCCAUGGGCACCUACAUCACACGGAUGGCCCAGAAGUACUAUGAGUACGUUAACUACAAGGAGGAGCAGGAGAAGGAGAAGAAGCGGGCGCCGCGGGAUGCCUGCAAUGCCUACAUUAUCGUCUUCCAGACUGUCUUCUACUCCUGCUUCCACUUGAGCUUUGUCUGCGCUCAGAUGCCCAUGGUCUUCUUCCUCAACAACUACCUCUACCAACUGAACCACACGCUCUUCGCAGUGAAGCACUGUGGGACCCUGAGCCAUGGCACGCUGCCUGGCUUCAACAAGACAGUGCUGCAGAGCCUUCCCCGCAGCGUCAACCUCAUCAUCGUGGAGAGCGUGUUGAUGGCCACCGCCUUCCUCGCCAUGCUGGUGGUGCUGGUGCUGUGUGGCGCAGCGUACCGGCCCAUGGAGGAGAUUGACAUGCGCAGCAUCGGCUGGGGCAACAUUUUCCAGCUGCCCUUCAAGCACGUGCGGGACUAUCGCCUGCGGCACCUCUUCCCAUUGUUCAUCUACAGCGGCUUCGAAGUGCUUUUUGUCUGCACUGGAUUUUCCCUGGUAGGAUACGUGAUGGGGUGGGAGGUGAUGGAGCAGGGACAGGCAAUGCUGAGCCCGUGCUUGCUGCAGAACUACGGCGUGUGUGCCCUGGGGCUGGAGAGGUUGGCGUAUCUCCUCAUGGCCUACGGCUUCUCUGCCUCGGCGUGCUCCAGCCUGGCCCUGUGCAUGCUGCGCCUGCGCCGGCACAUCCCGCUCCUGGCUGGAGCUUUCAUCCACGCUGUGCUCCUGGUGACGCUCUUCUGCUGGGCACCAGAGCCCCGGUACCUGGCACAGGCGCCGCUGCUCUAUGCCAUUGCUGCACUCUGGGGCACGGGCAGUGCCCUCAACAAGACCGGAAUCAGCAUCCUCCUGGGAAUGUUGUACAAGAAAAAGGAGCGCCAAGACUUCAUCUUCACCAUCUACCACUGGUGGCAGGCCCUGGCCAUCUUCACCGUCUACCUGUGGUCAGGGCUGCCCAUGAAGGCCAAGCUGUCCAUCAUGCUGCUGACGCUGGUGGUGGCAGUGGGGACAUACCUGUGGAUGGAGCGGAAGGUGGCGCAGAACAUGGAAGUCCGGCUGCCCCGCAUCCCACGCCCACGCCAUAAAACACGUGGAUACCGCUACCUGGAGGACAACUCGGAUGAGACUGGCUCCGACGGUGACGGGGACAAGGAGGAUGAUGACAGGCACCCAACUGAGGCCACCAAUGAAAACGAGCUGGGGAAAGAAGACAGCGAACAGCUGGGAUAAGGACAGCCUGGCCUGGGCCCCAUCCUGCUCUUGGCACCUGAGGGGGUUCCACAGCUCUCCCCGGGUGGGCCCAAAAUUCUUCAAAUCCACUCAGGUCAGGCUUGCAGCCCCCCAAGCUAAGCCUAAAGCCCCCAGGUAGCCCAGAGCCCCCCACUUUGGCUGGCAUCAAUGCUGACACACAUGACUGACAGACCCCCACACUGGCCCAUGGACCCCCCAGGUCAGGUUUGCAGCCUUCAGAUUGACCUACAGCCCCAAACUGUGGUACAGAGACCCCCCAAAAUUGUGGUUCAGCCCUCAGGCACGCCCAAUAGCCCCCAAAAUUAUGAUGCAGUUGCUCAGGUGAAACCUGCAGACUCACAGGCCAACCCCUGAGCCUCCCCACGCAAAUCCACAGCCCCUCAGAAAAGGCUCACGCCCCUGAGGCAGAUCCGCAGCGCCCCCCCCUCCCCAAUUUGGCCAAAGCCCCCCAAGGUGAGGCCCACAGACCCCUGAGCAGAUGCACAGACGCUCUAGCAAGGCUUGCAGCCCCCCACAAUGUCCUGCAGAUCCCAGCCAGACCCCCAGCCCUCCCAUAUUAGCCUCCAGCCAGACCCUCAGACUCCGCAGGGCUACCCUGGAGCCCCCAGGCAGAUCGACACCCUCCACAGACCCACGCGCACCCCAGGCAAACCCUGCAGCACCCCGUAGGUUGUCCCGGAGCCCCGCUAGCUCAGCCUGCAGCUCCUCAGGCCGGCUCCGCAGGCUUCCCGACCCCUCCCAUCCCCAUUUUCCCUAAAUAAACCCCCUCCCUCCGUC